AUGCUGGAAUAUACGGAAAAGUUCAUAGGAGAAUUGGCAAUCGCCUCCUCCCGUCGCCACUCAGCAACAGUGAACCCCUACCCAGGAAGCAACCACAUCCUCCGAUUCACUCAUUCAGAGAGAACAUUGAAGAAGGGCAAGAAGAUGCGCGCCGAGGACGAUUAUCUCACCCUAGGCUCGAUCCACCUGCAGGCAGUUGAUGGACCCGCCAACGUGACCUUUAUUUGA